AUGACUGAUGUCAACGGAAGCUCAGUGAGUCCUUCCAGUGCAUUUGAUCUGGGAGCAUUCGUUGGCGAUUUAACCAUCGAAGAGGAUCUUAACGGUGAUGAUAUAUCGUUGGAAGGACUACAGCAAGAGCUUGAGGAAUGUAAACAUGAUGAAGUAGUUGCAAAUAUACUAUCUAAAGGUACAAAGCUUAGAGAUUAUACCAAGGGAGUUGAGAAUGAUUUGCGCAAAGUGGAGUUGGAUUCUAUUCAGGAUUACAUUAAAGAAAGUGAUAAUCUAGUCUCUCUUCAUGAUCAAAUUCGAGAUUGUGAUAAUAUCUUGUCACAUAUGGAAACUCUGCUAAGUGGAUUUCAGGCUGAGAUUGGUUCCAUAAGUUCGGACAUUAAAAUUCUACAGGAGAAGUCUAUGGAUAUGGGUUUGAGGCUUAAGAAUCGCAAGGUGGCUGAAUCCAAGCUGGCUAAGUUUGUGGAAGACAUAAUUAUCCCUCCAAGGAUGGUGGACAUCAUUAUUGAUGGAGAGGUCAAUGAGGAAUACUUGAGAACUCUUGAGAUUCUGAGUAAAAAACUGAAGUUUGUAGAAGUGGACACAAUGGUUAAAGCUUCAAAAGCUCUAAAAGAUGUUCAGCCUGAGCUUGAAAAACUUCGGCAGAAAGCAGUCUCAAAGGUGUUUGACUUCAUUGUUCAGAAACUCUAUGCAUUGAGAAAACCCAAAACAAAUAUCCAAAUACUUCAGCAAAGUGUCCUUUUAAAGUACAAGUAUGUUGUGAACUUCCUCAAGGAACAUGGCAAGGAAGUAUAUAAUGAAAUUCGUGCAGCUUAUAUUGAUACAAUGAAUAAGGUUCUCAGUGCUCAUUUUCGUGCUUAUAUACAAGCAUUGGAGAAACUGCAACUGGAUAUAGCAACAUCCAAUGAUUUAAUUGGUGUAGAGACAAGAAGCGGUGGUCUUUUUGCUAGAGCAUGGGAACCACUAAAGAAUCGUUCUGCUGUUUUUGCUCUUGGUGAUAGGAUUAAUAUAUUAAAGGAAAUUGAUGAACCAGCAUUGAUUCCUCAUAUAGCUGAAGCCAGCUCUAUCAAACAUCCUUAUGAGGUUCUGUUUAGGAGCUUGCAGAAGCUGCUUAUGGAUACAGCUACUUCAGAAUAUAAUUUCUGUGAUGAAUUUUUUGGGGAACAACAUAUGUUUUAUGAAAUUUUUUCAGGUCCUUUUGGUGUCAUGGAUGAGCAUUUCAAUACAAUACUUCCAAAUUGCUAUGAUGCUAUAGGUCUAAUGCUUAUGAUUCGUAUAAUACACCAGCAUCAGCUCAUUAUGUCUCGGAGGCGGAUUCCAUGCUUAGAUUCUUAUUUAGACAAGGUCAAUAUUUCUCUAUGGCCUCGGUUUAAGAUGGUAUUUGACAUGCACCUCUACAGUUUGCGAAAUGCAAGUGUGAGGACAUUGUGGGAAGAUGACGUUCAUCCACAUUAUGUGAUGAGGCGUUAUGCUGAGUUUACUGCUUCGCUUAUUCACUUAAACUCCGAGUUUGGAGAUGGUCAGCUUGACUUGAAUCUGGAACGACUUAGAAUGGCCAUUGAUGAUUUACUUAUCAAGCUUGCCAAGAACUUCACAAAAUCAAAACUACAGACGGUGUUUCUUAUUAACAAUUAUGAUAUGACAAUUGCUGUUCUGAAGGAAGCAGGUCCCGAAGCUGGCAAAAUUCAAAUGCACUUUGAGGAACUACUAAAGAGCAAUACAGCGUUAUUUGUGGAGGAACUGCUCCAAGAGCAUUUUAAUGAUUUAAUCAAGUUUGUUAAGGCCAAAGCCUCUGAGGACCCAACUGCGAGUCCUGAUAAACCUAUAACAAUUGCGGAAGUGGAGCCACUAGUGAAGGAUUUUGCAAGUAGGUGGAAGGCGGCGAUAGAGCUGAUGCACAAAGAUGUCAUCACGUCUUUCAGUAACUUCUUGUGUGGUAUGGAAAUCUUAAGAGCUGCAUUGACCCAAUUGUUGCUGUACUAUACAAGACUCUCGGAUUCUAUCAAGAGGAUCCCUGGUGGGUCUGCAUUGAACAAGGAUCUUGUUUCCAUAUCAUCAAUCAUGUAUGAGAUUAGAAAAUAUUCGAGGACUUUCUAA